AUGGCACUUACCCAAGAAUCCGUCAUCGGCCUCGCCCUCGGCAUCCCUACACUACUCCUCGCAAUCCUCGCCCUGUUUCUCAAGCACCGGACCCGUCUCAACAAGCCAGCGUCUGCCAACAACGACAACAAAAACGACGCCGCCGCCGCGGGAACUAGCUCGUCACAAAGUCCCGUCUAG